AUCAUUGUCACACAUGACCACUUGCAUGGCGCUCUUUGGCCAUAUCUGGCCCUUGCGCCACUAAACACAACAGCAUCAUCAUCAUGUAAGAAUUUAUCGUGACAACAAGCAAACAAGCCCAUUCAAUGUUCUCGCAGCUCCUGCGUGACCACUACUCCAAGGAAAUCUUGGGAAAGGGCUACAAUGUCUUCACAUUAUUCGCAGCAAGUGUUCCAAACAGCGAAUGGGCUAACUUCUACAUCAACAAUUUCACGGAUUUGUUUGCGCCGGACCUGUUCAUCGGUCUGGGCCACUACCCGCGAGGAGACAACUCCUUGCCCAGUUGUCUAGUCGUGCCACCGACGAUGCUGCACAGGCCUGCGGGUGCAGAAAACAGCUACCAACACGAUCUGACAACGGCGUUCGAGAGUUUCCCCAGGCUGUCGGCGUCAACUUUGACGCUCAAGUAUGCGUUGUCAGUGACCAUGAAGGGUCGUUUGGCGGUUCCCAAGGUCCCGACUGAGCACGGUUUCUUCACGCCGUGCAUGACCAACGACAGCAUCGAUUCGUUCGCCAGCUACGCCGAGGUGUGCAAGAAUCCUAACUUCAGGUCGACACCGGUUUACGAACCCCUGGUGGACGCGGUGCAAAUUCGGCAUGUCACCGAGCCCACAAUGUUCUCUUACGACGACCGAGUAGGACUUUGCAAGAAGCUGUGCACCGUCCAGGCACUGGAUCCCACCGUGAAAUUCGGCAUCGCUGUUUUCGAUCUCGAUUACGCGGACUUUUCAAACACCUGCGGAUCGAAGGAUGGGCCGUUCUCAAGGCUUCACCUGAUCCGCAGCGUGCUCAACUUUUUCCGGACGAGAUACGCGACAGAAGCAGACACCGCAGAUUGCGUGAAUCUGGCCACGUGA